AGUAUAACAUUUUAUGAUAUAAGAGAAAGAAAACAAACGUUACGAAAUUGAUUAUUAUCAUUUUCUCAUUGAGUUUUGUUUAUUUUACUCUGAAUAUUUACCGUAGAGAAACAUGUCAGGUACGGCUCCAUCAGAGCCACCCCCCUCGUACGAGGAAGCUCAGGCUUCAGCACCCUACCCUCCUGCCCAGAACUUCGAGGGAUUCAAAGUAGACGGUUACGGAGCUCCUCCUUACCCCAUGCCAACAGAUGGACAGGCCCCAUACCCCAAUCAGCCAUACCCCAAUCAGCCAUACCCAACACAGCCAGGAGUUCCACAGUAUGGCUACGGAGCGCCCACCCCAAAUACCUACCCAAGUCAGGGCAACUAUCCCCCACCCCCUCCUGGUGCCUUCAACACAUACCCCCAAGGACAGAACGAUGCACAGAUGGCGACCAACAGAAUGAUGAUGCUACAGCGCCGUCGCCGGGUUUAUAUGGGCGUGUCCGUCGUCAUUCUCAUCAUGAUAAUCAUCUAUGUUGUAGUUAGAUUUAUUUUCUAACAUGGAUGGACCUUCUUUUUGUAUGCUUAUUUCCAGACAUCUUAAGGCCUUCGAGAGAAAAAAGAGAAUGAUUGUGUUCACCCUCUUCGCUUGCUUUAUGAUUGUCUUCGUUUAUAUAAUCAUGCAGAUCAUGGCUUGAAGAAUAUCUUGGGCACCUUGUUUUACUAAAGACCAAUUUUGAAUACAUUUUUGCAUGAGAAUUGGGCUGUCUGUUCAGAACUUAGUUAAAGAAAACAACGUGGUUAGCAUCAUCAUUGUUAACUUUCAAAUCAUUGCUGCUCUUAAAACUAAUGGAUACAGUUGCAGAUGCUGUAUUUCUAAAAGAUUUGAGACAACUGUGUCAGCUCUAUUUGUUUAUAUUUAAAUAAGUGAUCACAUUAUCAAAUAUUUCAAGAUGAAAAGGUAACACCAGUGUUGGUUGCGAACUUUAACAAAGCUCUAAACAGUCCUCCUUUGUUUCAUUGUUCAUUGCUUUCAUUAUUAGUUUUUGUGUGUUUAUUAUUGUUGUAAUUUUGGACAAAAAAAUGAAAUGAUCUAAAAAAAUAAUAAUUACACUAAAAUUAAAGGAAAUAUGAAAACCAAUCCAUGUUGAUCAUUUUCCUUGUGCUCAAAGAUGCAUUGGAGGUGUUAUCAUUGUUUUUAAAUCCAUAUUCAGAUAUAUUCUAUAUGCACAUUGGAGAAAUAUCUCCUGUAGGUAUGGCUGCAUUUCUAGAUCAGAUAUUGGAUGAAGAUAAUACAAAUAGAAACAUUAAUAUAAUUAUGUUAUGAUAGUAUUUGAUAUCAUGUGUUGUGAUUUUGGCAAAAGAUACAUUUCAAAUCAGGGGCUUUUUUAGUGAAACAAUGACUUUAAACCUUUAGCUAUGGUAUGUACAUGUAUUGCUUUGAUCAUACGGCUGUAUGAUUUGGUGAAACACUUGUUGGUACUUUAAUCCUUUGACUAUAAGAUAUACCGCUGUGAUCAUACGCUGUGAUCAUAGUGCUGUAUGAUUUAAUGAAACACUUGUUGGUACUUUAACCCUUAGACUAUAAGAUAUACCGCUGUGAUCAUACGCUUUGAUCAUACGGCUGUAUGAUUUAGUGAAACACUUGUUGGUACUUUAAUCCUUUGACUAUAAGAUAAACCGCUGUGAUCAUACAGCUGUAUGAUUUAGAGAAACACUUGUUGGACAUACUAACACUAACAGUGUGCUGUUGUUUGUGGCUGUUGUUGUUAUCAAGUUUGUCAUACAUUGGCAUCUUAAUUAAGGUUAUAUUUGACAUUUUUUCUGAAUUUAAAUUUUCUCAAAAGUUAUAGUAUUUCAUGUACUCAAAUCCAUUUUUUUAAAACAAAUAUACUGUAAUUUUUUUGGAGAAAUGUAUAUCUAAGUUUAUUUUUCAAACAUAUUGGUUGAAAAUUUAAAACUUUGCUAUGAUAAAAUAUUUCAAAACAAAAUCUUAAAAUUGUUCACAAAUUGUGAAUAGUACCCCUGAUUUGGGCGCAUACCAUUCUCACUUCUGCCUGUUAAACAUACUCUUAUUUUGUUAUUUUAUUUUGCUUUAAUAUUCCAGGCAGAGAAAUAGCAACAUUACUGUAUAUAUUUUUUUUCAAAUUUCUUAAAAGGUAUAUGUUGAUAUUUUUUUUAAAUUUCUUGCCAAUUAUUUUUCAGCUAAAAUACUUGUAAAUACCAGGAAGAUGUGUUUAAAAGAUGUUAGUAUAAUAAUAUAAUAUAAAUAUUGUUUUAUUUUUAAAAUGCAAAAAAAAUGUGCAAUGUAUUUCACAAAUCUCUCGAAAUACAAUUUUGUUAUAAAUCCGUUAUUAUGAUAUAAAUUGAUACAAACUUUUUGUGUUUAUGUUUAUUGAACUUUAAAAUACACCAUUUUUCAUUUGUUUUACAUGUAAACUUUCUGUACGUUGUAUGCUGUAAGUUUGUUUCACAUUUUAAAUGAAAAAAAUAUGUGAAAUUUCACAGUCCAUAGAAAUGUGUAACAGGAAGAAGUCUAAACAGAAGUGUGUUCCAACGUGGCACCCCUUGAUUAAACUUACUCACAAUUUAUAUGCAAGAAAACGUUUGUCAUAAUUAUUAAUAAUAAUAUAUUAUUCAGAGAAAAAUUGUAAACAGGAGGAUUGAACAAUUUUGAUUAUUAAAGGGUCUCACUCAUGGCUUGUAAAAUGCAUUUUUUUUCUUCUUGACAUGGGCUUGCUCCCGCCUAAAUUCGAAUAUUCUUUUUAUACUUGAAUUGUAUUUUUUCUGCAAUUUCCGUAUGAAAGAGUAAACUAAUUAUUAUGAUUAAUUAUUAUCAUGUGAAAACAUGAGAGAGUCCCUUGAGCAAGUUUGCUCCAUCAGUUUGAUUUCUAUGCUGAUUUGUAAAAUCAUGUAUUCUGAUAAAGAUUUAACACUAUCAUUAACAAUUAUGUAUUUUUAUUUACUUUUAUAAAUCAUGGUUAUAAAGUUUCAUUUAAAAAUUUGUACUUUUAGUGGCUUAUACAGGCAGUGAUUAACAACCAGACUAAGUUUGUUUAAUGGAGUGUAACAUACAUGUAAGCACGAUUAUGACUAAACCAUCCAAGCAAACCAGUUAAUAAGAGGUCUGUUAAGAUUAGUGGUCUACAUUUUUGCGUUAUACCUUCGUCAUAUGUUAAAAUACAUAUUUGACAAUUUUUUUCUUAUCUAUUGAUCUGAGCAAUCAAAGACAUGUAUCAUAUUUAAAAUACUACUUUUGUUGUACAGAGUGGACCUUUUUAUGUUUAUUGGGAAAACAAGGUAUCAUUUUGGUUCUUGAAUCUCUCUGUAUACAGCUGUUUUUAAAUUAUUUUUUCAAGAUAUGAUACAUUUAUAAAAGCUAAUGCAAAUGUGAAUUUGAUACCUCAACUGCGUUGUAUAAAAUGGGUUGCCGCCAUACUCUUUUGACUUCAGAAGAAAUGAAUUUUUUUUGAUAAAAUAUUAACAGAGAACUCAAGUUUUCUACCAUGGGCAAGGGCUUUUCAAAUUACGAGACACCUUCAGCACUGUAAAUUUGACCAGGAAAAGAUGAUGCUCACUUUAAAUUUCAUUUCCCACUAUUCCAGGCCCAAAUAAGGUAAAAAUACCCAAGUAAUACAUCAACCACAACUCUUUUCACCUGAUAACAGCAUGGCACGAAUCAAAAUCUUAUAUCGUUUUUCCUCUUUUUAAAAGCAUAUUCUCUUGUAGAAUAUGCUUAAUAACUUUGGUGUAUAUUCCAAAGAAACCCAAUCUACAGCCAAACAAGUAAGUUAGUACAAUUCAUUAUUUUUGAGCAAUUUCUGAAGACCAUUGUUUUGCUCUUGUGAUCAUCUUUCUUUGAGACAAAAGGAGAUUUAUUGACACAUUCUUUGAAAAAACAUUUACGGUAUUAAAAAAAGUAAAAUCAUACCAGACUUUGAAUCAUGUCAUGCUCUUAUGUGGUAGAAUGAGUUGAGAUUGCUAUUUGACUUAAGAUAUUGGGCCAAGUGAUAAAUUUAUAAAAAAAGGUUUUAGUCCUUAACGAAAGAAAGAUUUUCUGAACUUUUGUUAAAAAAAAUGUGCAUAUCUUUUCAUGUUUUUAUUUUAGAUAAAUAUGUGAUAUAUUAUCCACGUUUAUAAUAAACUCUUAUAUUUUAAA